GGUAGAAACAAAAUUAUAAAGGAUCACAUCUUUUUCAACCAAAUAUCUGCUUCAUCGACGAACUAGCAUCGCAAUAAGAAAUUAAUGUCUUAUAAAAGUUUGACCAAGACAGUAUAUGUUAAUUAUUUUGUUUUCUUCAAGUAAUAUAAUCAAAUGUUCAUAUGGCUGUAUCGAAAUUCAAGGGGAUAGCUCAAUUGAAACGGCGUCAAAGAAUCAAAGUUGCGAUGGAUGAGAUUUUGAAAUCCACGAAGCAGAGAGCGGUUGAUGAUUGCAAAAGUUUGUAAAUUAGAAAAAGUCUAGGUAUACCUAAUAACUCAGCCUGAAUAUUUUGACCUCUAUUUGAUUCUUUCAUGGAAUUCUCCUGGUUUUUCAUUUCUCAAUCGAAUUACGUUGACGUUCCCAACUUCAACCUGAGGUACAAGAAUAAGAGAAUAGAAUAGACGACUAAAAUGAAAGAAAAAAAGACUCCGUGGGAGUCUAGGCCUGGGUAAAAAUUGAGAUUGUUAGCAGGAGCAACGUGGAGCUCGAGCAGCUCAUUCCAUUCCAUUCCGUUCCAUAAUCCAUUCUAAACUAACGUGGCAACGUCGCGUCGGAGUAGAUCGAAAGCUGCUUGCUAGUUUAGUAAACUGGUGUGUGAGAGCGAGGCCUGGUAGGUUGUAUGAAAACACGUUUGUGACGUGUAUUCUUAUCCUACUACAAUCCACUACUACACACUACUACGAAUAGCUCGUAUUCAUCCUCACUUAAAAACUCCUGUGCCUGCUGCGCUGCUGCAAUGUGAACGGCAACGCAGGCAGCCCACUCCCCAGGGCCGACGAUGGCAGCAGUUGUUUCGGUCCGCAAACGACCCGUUCCGUCUCUUGCCCUUUGCCUGUUCACGACGAGUCGGUUCUGCGCCGUCGUUCAAGUCCGUAAACCCAAAUCCGUUACAACGUCGUUUCGUGAAGGGUAUAUCAGUGAUAUUUCAUACAAGUCUCCAAUAUGGCAGUACUCGAAAUCGCCAUCAUAUGUGUUGCUUCUGAACUCUGUAUUUGAAAAAAACAACAAAUUUUAAUCGCUUGAUAGCUAUUCAAGAAACACAUCCAAGUAUCAUCACAUCGCAGAGUAAUAAGCACAUUUGAAAUGACAGACUAUUGCCAAGCACGUUACAACGGAUAUCCGGGAAUCAACUUCGCUUCAGCAUAUAGAGAACCACAACAGCAGAGAUAUCCUUCGCUACCAAUUCAUGUUGAUGUAACGGACAACCCUAAUACCAUUUACCGUUUUGAGUCUGAACGAUUACGGAGCUUUGAAAAUUGGCCAGUUCCAUUUUUGGAUCCUAAAAAAGUAGCAGAGGCUGGCUUCUACUAUACACAAGAAGGAGAUAAAGUGAGAUGUUUUGAAUGUAGGAUCCAAAUAUGCAAGUGGGUUGAAGGGGACGACCCUCAAUUCGAGCAUCAGAGGUGGUCAGACAGGUGUAGGUUUGUGAGGAAAAUACCAUGUGGAAACGUACCUAUCGGUGCUAAUCCAGAGGAUGUUCCCACGCCUGUCUCAAGACCCAGAGAUGUGUGCGGGCCGUACGAAACAGAUGUGAGAACCGGAUCCGAAUUCAGUCCCAGCUCAUUCUCACCAUCAAACCUUCAAAAUUUGAGUACAGCUACCCUUGGAAGUUGGGGUCUCAGUAUACCAAAAGAGCCCUCACAUCCGCGAUAUGCUAGUCGUGAUGCAAGACUAAGAACUUUUGAGUUGUGGCCAAAAUCUAUGAAACAAACAAAAGAAGAGUUGGCUGAUGCUGGAUUUUUUUACACCGGUAAAGGCGAUCAAACUCUUUGUUAUCACUGUGGCGGAGGACUCAAAGAUUGGGAGCCUGUUGAUAAACCAUGGGAGCAGCAUGCACUUUGGUUUUCAAAGUGUUACUACCUUCUUACAGUUAAAGGACAAGCAUUUGUCGAUGAGGUCAAGGGGCUCUCGGUACAACAUCCAUCCGUUCAGGAUACACAAAAUCUAAAUCUACCCAACUACAUAAAAAAAGUUGAACGGCCUGUAGAAGAUAUGAUUGUAGAAGCUUGCCCGAGCAUUGAAAAUAAGCCAUGUACGAGCAGUCAAGGUCCUUUUGUGAACGGAAGACGCAAGAGUAUAGACAGUGCGUAUGGUUCCCAAGAGUCGUCCGAAGACAAUGCAAGAUUGUGUAAAAUUUGUUUUGCCGAGGAAUUGGGAGUGGUAUUUCUGCCGUGUGGACAUAUGGUAGCCUGUGUCAAGUGUGCCCCAAGUCUAACUACAUGUGCGGUAUGUCGCGAGCCCUUCACAAUGACUGUACGAGCUAUUAUUUCAUAGCUUUCCAAUAAAACAAAUUCCUUCUUGGCGCAUAAAUGCGUUACCAGACAUGACUCUUCGUAUCGCACUAGCCAGGAGGCACAAGUGGUCACGGUUUGAAAACCUUUUGUGGGGAAUCAGUUUCAAAAUAAAUUUUUAGGUUGACUCUAGGUCUUGUUAUCGGAAGUAAAAAAAUAUUCCGAGGCUGAAUACCUUGCCUUGGAGAACAACGUCCAGGGUUUUAUUUUAUUUUGUAGUCGACUUUGUCAUCUUCAUAAUUAUUAUAUUUUUUGUUCUUUCAAUUUCAUUCUUAUUUUUCAUUUUCCUCAAUUUUCUUCAACUCUUUGAAAGUUGGACUUCAGAAAUUUGAGACUCAUGCUCACAGUGUACAUAGUUGUUGUGUGUAUCGCUUAUUUGAAAUAUACUAUAGAGUAUGGUUUUUAGCAAAUACCAUCAUUUGAAUUCUUAAAAAUUGUGCCCCUGGCUAAAUGUUGCUGAUUUUGGAGGUGCACGGACUAACAUAAAAUACUAGUAUCUAACCACCGAACAAAAAUGAAACUGAACACUCGCUUUACGCUUCGAGAAAUAAUUGACACCUAAUUAAUUUUGUAAUGUACGCGGUUUGUUGGCAGGUAAUGAAAAGAAAUAAUAAUAAUGCCGCUUAUCUUUCAAGAUCAUCACAUUAUGUGCAAACCCAAGUUCAAAAUUACUGUUACAAAAAAAAGAGAAAAAGGAGCUGCAAUCAUUAAUUUUUUUUUUUUAAUUUUGACAAAAUGUUAGUCUGAAUGGUAUUAUUUCUAUUUCAAAACAUUGGCAAACGUGACAUAGUCUAGUCACCACCAUUCUGUUGAUAUGAAUAGAGUACAGUGAUCUCACGAGUGAUAUAUUGUAAUUAUUAGCGACCCUACAAUAUAAACUCUUACAAGAAAAAAAUAAAUAAAAUGAAUGAUAAAUAAACAGCAACAUCAGAAUAUAAAUGAUAAAAAAAGUAGGAAAAUAAAAUAAACAAGUGUUCAUAGAUCUGCUCGUGAAGUACCUAACAUGUAUUUUUUCGUUCUUUUUUUUUUGCAUAGCUUUUGUAUUUAGCAGAAGCAAAGCGGCAUUGGUGAACUUUUGUUUAUAUAUUUUUGUAUAUUAUCACCAAUUAUCAUAAGAUAAUUAAUUCAGUUCAACUCAAGUAAUUCGUGGUAUAACUUUAGUGAACAUCAGAUACUUUUUCACCCAAUGUAAAUUGGUUGAUUAAGAGAUUUUAGGAUUUCAUUGAUAAUAUAUCAGUUAAUGUGCUAUCAAAAAAUGCGUUUUUUUUCAACGGUUUUCAUACUUUCCUCGUAUUUUUUUUUCUUUUUCUAAUUCAUUUCUGCUUAGAUCCAUAAAACGAAUCAGUUCAGGGGUAUGAACCUCUGUAUUAUGUGAGGACAUGAGAAUACAGGCGUGGAAUAUUUGUUUUUAUUAAAUGGAAACGAGAUUCUUUUCUUUUUUUUUUAAUUGGAUUAUUUUAUAUUUAUAUAUGAAAUAAUUAUCAUUUUAAUCAGUAAGAAGUAGCGUAGCAAGUAUGAGCAUUUUUUCUGAAUAUCCAAGAUUUAUAAAAAAAAGUAAUCUAGCAAUUUUUCAUUUUAUGAAUAGAUCAGUGAAAUGUUAUCAUCAAAUCGUACCGCCAAGAAAAUGUUUUCAAAUUAUUUCAUUUUAUUAGAAUAACAAAUUACGUUUUCUUAUGGAGACUUACCCCAACAACUGGCGUGAGGCAGUAUUAUUAAUACGAUAUGAUUGAUGUAAUAAUUUUUGUAAGAUAUAGAAACCGAUUUAAAGAUCCAAAUGAAAUCUAUUCUCUUAUAUGCAUUUUUUUUUGUUUUUUUUUCGUCAUUAUCUAACCACCCUUUUACUGUAAUUAAAAUGUAUAUCCUAAUUAUAUCAUCUCGAAUAAUAUACGCGAAUAAGAAAAAAAAAUUUUACUGGUAUAAUUAUAUUUAAAAAACAACAAAAAAUGAUAAUAAUAAUUAAUACGCAAAUAAAUGAAUAAUAAAAAUGGGAA